AUGAGAAUAUGCGGGGUGCGGUCGUUUGAUCACAAGGGCUGGGAGACGAUCGCUUUCAAUACCCCUUUGACACUCAUCGUCGGAUUCAAUGGUUCUGGCAAGACUACGAUUAUUGAAUGCUUGAAAUAUGCAACCACUGGCGUACAACCACCGAACAGUAAGGUUGGGGGGGCUUUCAUUCAUGAUCCUAAACUCUGCGGCGAGAAGGAAGUAUUGGCACAAGUCAAACUUUCUUUCCAAAGUACGACAGGAGCCAACAUGGUCAUCACAAGGAGUUUGCAGCUUACGGUUACAAAGACAGCGAGAAAGGUGAAGACCAUAGAUGCCGGGUUGAUGGUCAAUAAUGGUGGCGAAAGAACUGCUGUGUCUCACAAAGUUGGAGAAAUGGAUAAGAUCAUGCAAGAAGCUUUAGGUGUUUCUGAAGCCGUUUUGGACAACGUUAUAUUCUGCCACCAAGAUGAGUCAUUAUGGCCGAUGAGCGAGCCCUCAGUUCUGAAGAAAAAGUUCGAUGAUAUAUUUGAAGCAACAAGAUACACCAAAGCUGUCGAUAGCCUCAAAGCUUUGAAAAAGGAUUAUGCUCAGCAGAUCAAAAGUAUGAUGGCGGAUGAGUCGAUCGCCAAGGAUAACAAGGACAAAGGAGAAAAGACUAAGAGUCGUUGCGAAGAACUGUCGGCUCAAAUUGAGAAGUUGUCCGAAGAAGCAUUAAAAGACAAAUCCAACAUGGAAGCAGUCCGAGAGGUGGUUGAAGCAAAGCAGAGAAAGGCUGGCGAAGUUUGGGACUUGGUUCAAAAGCUCAGGACCAACAAAGAGCGAGUCAAAUUCAGUGUGGAGAAUCUCGAAUCGCUUCAAAAGAGAAUUAAGCCACUUCUUGAAUCGGAUGAAUGGCUCAGAUCAACACUAGAUCAAUACGCGGAUCGAAUACUAGAAAUGGAACAGCAAGAUGAGCAGUUCCAGAAACAAUAUCGAGAUCAGCAGCAGAAAAUGUCAGCAAAUACCAGUGAACUUGGUAAAAAGCAAGCAGACUUAGGUCGGCAUCAAGCCUUGAAACAAGCCUAUGAAGGAGAGCUCGAAUCUCGAGUUCAGCUGGUCAAGAGUGCUGCAUCUAAGCAUUCUAUUCGAGGUUACGAUGACGACAUCAACGAGUCUCGAGUAAAUGAAUUUAUAGAGAGGAUCAAAAAGCUCUCUCGUGACAAGGAACGUGACUUGGAGCGGGUUAAAGCAACCACCAAUGACGAAUUGAAAAACGUCCAGACAACAUUGACAGAGCUUCAGAAUCACCAUGCAAUACGUGUCCAAGAAAAAGUCACAGCCAAGCAGACAAUUUCCACCAACGACAGGAAGGUGGGUCCUAAACAAACAGAACUCGGUUUCAUUCAAUUCGAUGAAGGUGAUAAAACCGGUCUUGAGUCCUCUCACAUGGAGACUAAAGGCCUUUUGGAGAAGCUCAGAACUCAAUUCGACGGUUCAAGCUGGGACAAUCGCAUUAGCACUAGCAAUGGACGUUUGCGGGAACUUGAAGAUGAAGAAAAGUCCUUAAGAAAGGAGGCUUUUGAGAUCAACAAACGAUCAAACGACCGCGCGCAACUUGAUUAUGUCACAGGUGAGUUGAAGAAGACCAGAGGAAAAUUGGACACCAUGAAGGCGACCCACGGCGCAAAGCUUGAUUCCAUUCUUGGUUCAGACUGGCAAUUCAAUACUCUUGGUAAGGACUUUCAUCGUGCACUAGAUAGGGAAAAAGAUGAAGUCUCAGACGCAACAAACGAGCAAGAAGCCGCGAAAAAGUCCUUCUCUGAAGCAGGUUUCCGAUUCAAUGCACUCCGUGACGAUCUAAAAGCUAAGAAGGAUCAAUCGAAGGCUUGUGAGAAUGCCAUACUCAAUUCUAUUCGGGAUGAAGAGGACAAAGAACUAGUCAGCGUCGAAGACUAUCCCAGGGAAUUGAAUCAGCUAGAGGAGGAACGUGAUGAGGUCCGAGAUCACAUCGAUGGGUUCAAGCACAAGAUCGAAUACUUUACCCAGUGCCUAAACACCAUCCAGACGAAAGACAUGUGCAAACUUUGCGAGAGGAAGUUUGCAGAAGAAGCACACCGCUCGGCCGCAAUGAAGAAGAUUCAGAAACUCCUCAACAAAGAUGCUCGAGAAACUUUGCAGGGACAGUUGGAGAUAUACAAUGAGCAGAUCAAGAUUGCAAAAGCAGCCCAAUCACAGUAUGACAUAUACCAAUCUCUCAGGGAUGAAAUCCCCAACCUCGAGCAAGACAUCAUGAAGGCCGAGGAUGAAAAAGCAAAAUUCCUUGUAGAGGUCGAACACCAUGACAGUAUUGUUGAACGCAAAAACGCUAGACAUAGAGACGUCGAGUCUCUGUCACAUAUAAUAUCCUCCAUCAUUAGAUAUAACAGUGAUGUUACGGAUCAUGAGGCAAAGAUCGAUACCUUAUCCUCACAGCAGAGUAUUGCCGGAAGCGUCAUGACUGCUGAUGAAAUUCAAGAACGUCAGACAACUUGCAGUGAGAGUAUGCGCGAGGUCAGGGAACGAUUGACCAAGACUUCAUCUGAAAAGGAUGCAGCCAAAGACAAGAUAAACGAUAUGGAGCGUGAUCUGUCUCGAAAAUCCCAAAGACUUCGGGACGUUAUUCACGGUUUGGCAAAGAAGCAAGCUUUGCGAAAGGAGAUUGAUGAACUUCUCGAGAGCAAUGUACAGCAACGUGAAGCCAUGAAUCGUGCUGAUAGUGAGCUGGAAACGUUGAAACCAAAGAUUGACACUGCAAAGGCUAAAUACGAAGAUAUUCAACAGCAAGGCCAUGCAAAGGAAAGAGAAUUCCGAUCUCAAAAGGAAAAAUUGGCAGACACCGUCCGUCAGUUUCUACAGCACGAGAAAAACAUCAAUGGAUAUAUUGAUAACAGUGGCCCCGAACAACUCGCUGCUUGCGAGCGAGCAAUCAAAUCCAUUCAACAGGAUCAAAAACGUAUUAGCGAGGAACUGAACGGGAUUACUACCGAGUUGAAUGCUCUUCGUGCCAAAAAGAGUGAUUCUGAUCGGCUGAAGACAAACAUUAGCGACAACAUUCUAUAUCGCGAAGAAUUGGCUAAACUGGAAGUGUACAAGAAACAAACUGUUGACUUAGAAGCACAAAAUGUGGAAGGGAACUUCCAAACUUUGACAAAGGAGGCCGAGAAGAAGGAAGAAAGCUUCUACGAACAUCGUCGCCUAUUUCAGCAGAAGACAGCUGUUCUUGCAGAGAAGGACCAGAAUUUGCAACAAUACUUGGUUGAUUGGGACCUUAACUACAAGAACGCACGAACGGAAUAUCGUACUGCUAUGAUUAAAGUGAAGACGACCAAGGCUGCUAUUGACGAUCUAGGCAAGAUGAUCACCGCUAUGGACAAAGCAAUUGUGAAGUUCCACAGUGUAAAAAUGGAGGAAAUUAACCGAAUUGCUGGUGAACUUUGGCAGACCACCUACCAGGGUACGGACGUGGAUACGAUCAUGAUUCGUUCUGAGAAGGACGAGGGCGAGACCGCAGCUGGUAACAAGAAGACAAACUAUAAGUAUCGAGUUGUGAUGGUGAAGCAAGAUGUCGAGAUGGACAUGCGUGGUCGUUGUAGUGCUGGUCAGAAGGUUCUUGCCUGUAUCAUCAUUCGCCUGGCGCUAGCUGAAUGCUUCGGCAUUAAUUGUGGUCUCAUUGCACUCGAUGAACCCACCACGAAUCUAGAUCAAGACAACAUCAAAGCUCUCGCCGAAUCUCUUCACGGCAUCAUCAAAUCCCGUCAACAGCAAGCUAACUUCCAACUCAUCAUCAUUACUCACGACGAAGAAUUUUUGAAGGUUAUGCAGUGCUCUGAUUUCUGUGAUGAUUUCUAUCAUGUUAGUAGAGAUCAGGAGCAGAAUAGUAAGAUUGAGAAGAUGCCGAUCACGCAGGUCAUGGAGGGUAAUUAA